CUGCACUUCCAGCAUUGACACGACGACCUGGAUUGGUCAACCAACUUUUCAAACCAUUUAGCAUGCGCUACCUCUUGCAGGAUUCUUUUAUGACUGUAUCUGUUACUAUCCUGUAUUUAUGUUCUCUUUUACAAGAGUAUUGCAGAGCACUCGAGAUGUCAGCUGCUUGCAAAUUGAAUUCAACAUGAAGCAGCUUAGCAGCUUAGGCUGCGAGUGCGACACAAAGAUAAUAAGACAGUCCUAAUGAUAAACAUUCAGGGGAAUGCACUGUGAGGUCAGUGGGUGUUGAGCCCUUCACCGAAUGUCGGUGUCUUCGCAGGCAUUCUGCCGCGCGAGCGCACAUCAGCAAGGCACAGGGCUUGGAGCACAUGCAGCAGCUAUGAGCCCCGGGCCGCAGCCGGCGUUGGGCUCACAGGAGGUUGCAAGUAUUGGUGGCAACCCCCGCCCCGGCACCAGCAGCGCCCCAUCGAUGUCUGUCGAGUCGUCAAUCGCUGUUGUGCCCGCGGCGCCCAGCCUUUCAAGCGGCCAAGCAUUCGACCAUGGUACGGCGCCGCGUCGAGGCGCCACAGCAGCGGAAGCAAACGUUCAGGCUGGGAUUGGCGCGGGACGUAGCAGGCGGGAGAGCACGCCCGCACACGGGGCUCGGAUGCAGGUGCUGGUGACCGAGCUCGUGUUGGGCUCACAGGCCCUCCGAAACGGAGUAGCAGCAACCGGACAGGAGGAGCAGGAGGAGGUCGUAUAUCGGCUUCUGCCGCCGCUGCGGGGUGAGGACGGGGAAGACAAGAGGCGGCACGAGGGCAUCCUGAAGCAUCUGGCGCGGGACUUUCAAAGGAAUAAGCCUGAGAUCUGUGACCGCAUCCUGACGGGCGACUUGAACCAGCGGCGCAGCUACCCGCUGGCGGGACUGUGGGUGCGGCCCAGGCGGCAGGCGGCACCGGCGGCUUCGCAACAGGGUCCCGGCGGAGGGGGCAGUGGAAGCAACGGCACCGCCGGGGCUGGCGAGCGCGAGCCGGGUAGCCAGGGGGAGGAGCAGCUGGUGUGUGCGGCGCUGCUGCGCCUGACGCUGGAGGGCACUCAGGACGCGUGGGGUGCCAAGAGUCAUCUGCAGGUUCUUUACAUGUCGACGUUCGGCCCGGAGGCCGGCUGCGAGUCACGUCGCGGCCAGGGUCUUGGGCGACUGCUCACUCGCUGCCUGCAGCGUUCCGCACACCAGGCGGAGCUGGAGUACGUCACCGUGGUGCUGGCCGGCAAGCAAGUGGAGGGGUUUUGGGGCAAGGUGGGCUUUGCGGCGCCGCCACGCCAAGCCGGCGCAUGCCUGUCCGGCGCCGUGUGCGCCUGCAGCCGGCGCUACGCGGCCGGCGGCUCGGCGGUGUGGGUCUUGCACGUGUCGGAGCUGCAGGAGACGGCGCAGCAGGCGCAGACGGCGCAGCAGGCGGCGGCUGUGGCGGCGGAUGUGGCGGCGGAUGUAGAGGCGGACGAGGAAGCGGCUGCGGAGGCGGCUGCGGAAGUGGCUGCGGAGGUGGCUGCGGAAGCGGGGGCGUCCGGGCUGCAAAGCAGUGGCCAGGACACCGCAGCGGCGGCACAGCAGCUGGAGCGGGUGUCACGAGCCGUGGACGGUCUGGUGCGAACGGCGAUGCAGAUCGCGCAGACGAAACGGAUGCAGCGCCUGUUGAAUGGGCCUGCACCGGACCAGCGCAAGCGGCGCCGUGAGGAGCUGGCCGCAGGGCAGGAGGACGCGCGCUCGCGGCAGCCCUCGCAGCCGCCGCAACGGAAGCUGAAGACGACGGGCGCGGCGCCAGCUCCAGGCAGCAGCGCCCUGAAUCUUUGGCUACCUCUGACGGAAGGGAGCAUGCAGCGCAAGUCGGUGUACAUACGGCACGAGCAGGCGGCCCUGCUGAGGCGGGCUGGGUGCCUCGGCCCUGAGGCAGUGCGGUGGAGAGUCGGAGCAGACGUCGCGGCUGCCGGUGGCGCGGCGGCCGCUCCGGGGGCAGCGGCAGGCUCUGCCGGAGGCAGGGACAACCCGGAGGCCGCAGCAGCGCCUGCGGCUGCCGCGGCGGGUGCAGGGCAGGCGACGGGUGGCCAGGCGCGCACGCGCUUCAUCGGGUUUGAGCCUGGCAAAGGCAGCAGAAAUACGCGCCUCAACUUCGUGCCUGAGUGGGCGGAGCAGCAUGGGGCGAAGCCGGGGUGGGGCUUCUUGCUUUCGCGUGCAACAGGCUCUGGCGGUGCAGGGGCGACAGCAGGUGGGGGCGCAGACGGCAGGGCCUGGAGCCCAGAGGGCGCGAUGGGCGAUGCAGGCGUCGGACCUGCUGGCGCUGGGCCUGAACCGCGGUGGGUGGCGACGUUACUGGCGGCACGCCCGCUGCAUUGCGACGCCCCCGUGCCGGGGCAUGGCGCCGACUCGCCGGCGAGGCCACCGCAAUCCGCGGACGCAGCGGAUGCAGAGGCAGCGGGUGUGGCGGCGGCGGCGGCCGUGCCGCCGGCCAGGGCACCUGCAGCAGCUGCUGCACCUGCAAAGGCGGCGACGGCCCCGGCCGCACAGGCGGACAUAGUGCGGAAGGCAGCGCUGGCGGCUGCUCGCGGCGUCUGCACUGGCGGGAGGCUGUUGUCACCACCGCCGGCGGUACGGGGCCCGCGACAGGCAGUGGCGGCUGUUGCAGCGGCCGCGGAGUGCAGUGCCGUGGGUGCUUCAUGCACAGUCACGCUGACUGAGUCGGGCGUCCGUGGUUGCAAGAUCUCUAUCCCGAAGACCGCCGCCGCAGCGCUGCUCAAAAGUCCUACUGGGCGCGGCGGCACGGACACGGAAGCCGCUGCUGCAGAUGGCGGGGGGCGCUCGCCGCAUGCGGAGACGGCAGCGCUUACGCCCGAAGUCAUGUCGCUAAUUACGAACAGCAGCAGGGCUGGGACAAACAGGCGGCGCGCGAUGGGGUGUGGCACCUUGAGUACCUCCAAGCGUGUGUGGUAUUAUUCCUGGGCCGAGAACGCGUUGAAGCCGCUUCUAAGCAAGUCGCGAAAGUCGCCGCUCUGGCACCUGACAUGCCAUGAGAUCGAUGCUGCCACCACCCAUCCCACGACCGGCGCUGCAGCAGCAGCAGCAGCAGCCCUUGUCGGUUCCGCUGACAUCAGCACUGGUAGCGGCGUGGCGGCCGGAAUCGGUGCUGGUGCAUGCGCCUCCGCAGGCGCUGCAGACAUCGCCACCGCAGCGCCGCCCGGCGUUGGCGCUGCCGCGCACGCUCCUUCAGUUUCAACUGGGGCAGCGGCUGAUGCGGUUGACGGGGCAGCAUCAACAGGAGCAGCGUCAGAGCCUGCGGUCCAGCCGGCCGCAGCAGAGGAGGUGCCGGUGUACGAGCAGCUGCAGCGGCUGCUGGACGGCCGGUCGUAUCUCGUAGCGAGCCUGGUGUGGGAGGAGAAGGACGAGGCAAAGGACCCAUGGAUACCUGGCCCCGUCGCAGCUAUAGCAGCAGACGCAGCAGCGGAAGAAGCAGCGGCAGCAGACACUACAGCAGCAGACGGAGAAGCUGCAGCAGGCGCGGCAGCAGACACGGCAGCAGGCGCGGCAGCGACAGCGAGCAAUGGCGCAGCGGGCAUUUAUGCCGGGGCUCCUGCGGAUGCGGAUGCGCCGGCUGCCGCUGCUGGCGCGGAGGCGUGCGCGACCGCCGCCCCGCUACAAGCCUCUAGCAGUGCUGCCGCGGGUGCAGGCGCAUUGCCGCCCGUGCGGGGUAUGGCUGCAGCAGCUGCUACGACUCCUAAGGCUGCUGCCGCGGCAGCUACUUCCAAUGUGACUGUUGCUGCGGUUGCUACGGAGAGAGAGGUGACUUCUGACAGGACUGCAGCUGGGGCCGUUGCCGCAACAGGAGCCGCAGUCCAGUCGGGCAGUACCAACGCGCCCCCGCGUGCUGGAAAUGUGAGCGGCACGCCAGCGCAGGGUUGCGCACCACCGCAAGCGGGGCCUCCGGGGCUGCUGCUGGCACCGUUGCCGGGCGGACCGAAGCUGGCGGGGCUCACGGCGGCUCGGCGCGCUGCUGUUCCGCCGCCGCGACCCGCACCGCUGCAGUGGCGGCCUGCUGCGUUUGUGACUGGGCACACUGACUUCAGUCUGGACCCUGCUCCCCACUGCUCACCGCCGCCGUCGGCAGAAAGAGCUUCGCCGGCUGCUGCGCCGGCCCUCCCUCGCGCACCUGCAGCGCCAGCACCAGCGCCGGCGCCCAUCACGCGUUCGGAUGUGGUUGCGGCGACGCGCGCGGGUGGGACGGCGGCGUUCACGCCCGCGGCCGCUGCAUCGGCGGCAGCAGGGCUGGCAGGUAUGGCAGCGGAUGCCGCGGAGGCCGCUGCAGCGGCAGCUGUCGCCGUGUCGGAGCAGGCGGCUUCCCCACGCGCGAGGGAGAAGACUCCCGCAGCGCUGCAAUCGGUGGCCGACGCCAAUCUGUUCCAACGCAUGAUGUCUGUCAACGCCGCCAACGCCAACGCCGCUGCCGCCAGCGCCAGCGCCUCCGAUGCACUGGCAGCGGCCAGGGUGCGCAGCUCAGCCGUGUUGAGAUUUGCGGCUUUGGCGCCGGUGGCGGAGCCACCUCCUCCACGGCUCCGCGGCGGCUUGCCAGGGCCCUGCGGCUUACCAAGGCCCGGCAGCUUACUAGGGCCCGGCGCGGUGCCCCUGAACGCUGUGACACCAUCGUCAGCGCUGGCGGCAGCGGGCGUCGCAGGUGCCGCACAGCGGCCUGGGCGGGGCCCUCCCGCAGCCGUGGAGGCGACUGGUGGCAGCGACGGCAGAGGUGGUGGGGCUGGCAGCAGUGGCAAGACGCAGUGGAGGAUUCCGCUCACGGAGGCGGCGGCAAUGGCUGGUGGCGGCUACUCUGCGGCAGCUGCUGGUGGCGGCGGCCUCGGAAGCGGCGCCAGCGCCGGCGCAGGCGGCAGUGUCGACCGCCGCCCCCAGGAGUUAAAGCGGCCGGUGCAGGCUGUCCUUGCCGAGGGGACUGCUGCAGGGAACCACCGCGAGCCCCGCACCGCCGCCGCUGCUGGUGGCACGGAGCCUGACAGAGGCAGGCCCGCCAAGCUGCCGUGCCACCGCGUCGAGCCGGCGGCGGCAGGCCUGGGCGAUCCAACAUCCACAAAAGGCGUGGAAGCCCCGCCGGGCCCAAGGAUGCGCGACGCUGCGCUGAUGGCGGGCUGCUUCGGGGGCGAUGCUAAGGUGGCAGCAGUAGCGAAGGUCAACACGUGGCAGCGUGUGCAGCAGCAGCAGCAGCAGCAGCAGCAGCAGUCCAAACCAGCAGGAGUUGAGGCCGGCUCCAGCACCCACACGCUUGCAGCGGGGGAUGCGGCGGCGCACCCUGCUGCGGCCAUGAUGACGGCGGCGGUGGUGGCAACUGCGGCGACAGAGGCGGCGGCGGCGCCGACUGCUUCCCAGGGCGUUUUGCCACUGCCUUUGUCACAUCAGCAGCGACAGGCGGAGCAGCAGGUGCAGCAGGUGCAGCUUGAGCCGCUGCUUGAAAUUGGACACGUGCGGUGUCAGCUGCAGGCGGCGCUGGCGCCCGCCCUGCCUUCCCUGGUGCGCUGGGUCCUGGGCACGACGCCAGAGGGCCGGGCGCUGCUGGCCGCCGGGGCUGCUGGCGCUCGGUCGGCGAGGGCCUGUCAUGAAGGGAAGGCUGCGCCUGGUCCGCUCCAGCCCUGCAGCUGGCACCUGGUGGGAGUGCGGGUGGGGCACGCUGCAGGCCUCAAGAUGCUGCUGUCAUUCACGCCAUUGCCAACCGGGGCUGCGGCGGCUUUGUCGGAGGCGCGGGCGUCAGCGGGCGCAGCCACCGCCGCUUCGGCUGCCCCGGCCGCUGCCGCUGCACCCGCGGCUGCCGCAUCUCGGGACGCGACAGCAGCGGGAAUGACUGGUGCUGAUGGUGAUGCUGCUGGGCUGCUGCUGCAGCAGUGGCGGGCGGCGGGCAUCUUGGCGUGUGUGGUAGACAUAGCGCACACGCCAGCGGCGGCCGUUGCCACCAGCAGUACGGGCGGUGGCGGCGGUGGUGGUGUCCGUGUGUGGGCCAGGGCGCGGACGGGCGGUCUGGAGGACGCCCUGCAGGACGCGGGCCAGGUGGCUUUGGAGGAGGUGACGACGUGGCUACAUGGGCUCAUGCGGGGGUAAAGGCAGGCGGCAGCCAGCGCGCGUGUACUUAUGGGGAAUGUGUAUUUAUUUGUAGCUGAAGAUGCGUGCAGUUGGCUUCGUAUAAACUCUGCACAUGCCAACAAGGUAGGUAGCUUUGACAUAGUUGCGGCUCAGCCGAGUUCUCCUUGUUGAUACCGAAACAUGACACUGCAUGGUGUGGGGGGGUAAGUGACAUGUGUUUCGCAUACCGUCACGUCGUAGCUAUGGUAUCAGAGUCUGGCAGGUACGCAUUGGCCGUACACCUUGCACCAUGGCAUGUGAUGCGGUUUGCAAGCAUACAGAUUGCACGUUGUGUUGCCGGACCAACACCGAGUGAUUCGCCGUGCGGCCUUUCCAACCAACGGUGCGCAUGUGAACGUGCGCGUGUGUCUAAUUGGUACUACGAAUGGGCUGUGUGACGAGUGACAUGUUGGUGCUUGACGCCUGGCCAGCCUACCACUGCUGCUGCACAACAUUGUGCUCCUAGAGCCACAGUCCACAUGGAGUAGCCGUGAGGUGAUUGAGUGGGCCCGGCGGGCGCUUGGGCGGGCGUCUAGCGCGUCACGGUGGCGAAACCGCUUUUUGCUGGGCACAGGAAUUGUGUCACCCUGCCUCCAGGUGUGUUGACAGAGUCAUGAAGUAUGUUUUGGCGCCGAUAGCUCUUAAGCAACGGUCCAGAUUGCAGGAUGGGUAGGAAGGACCAGCGAAGU